GGGGAGGUGACGUCAUUUGGGGGGGCGUGUUUUACCCCAGAUGAAGCCUUAUAAAAACAUCACCACCACCACCACCUCUUGUGUCCUCAUCAUCAUCAACCACAACCCAAACAAACCACAAGCUUUUACUACUACAUCCACCUUCCACCCAAGAAACCCACUUCAAUCUCAUUUCACGAACACAAGUCAAACCAAACCACCAAAAUGUCCAACGAAAACUCCUCCACCCUCAAGUCCUACCUCGACCAGGCCACCGGCGCUGCCCAGCGCGCCAUCGGCUCCUUGACCGGCGACGCCUCUACUCAGAACCAAGGCGAAGCGACGCACCAGCAGGGCAAGGCGGAGAACGAGGCGAGCCACACGACGGCGAAGCUGGGGCCGGUGACGGCGGACCCGGCGACGGGGGCGACGGCGACGGACCACCCGAAGCGCACGGACGGCAGCUGGGACCAGACGGUGGGCGCGGCCAAGGAGUCGCUGGGCAACCUGGUGGGCAACGAGUCGCUGCGCCGCGCGGGCCAGGAGCAGAACGCGGCCGGCAAGCAGCAGGAGGCCGAGGGCCAGCUGAAGGACUGGGGCGAGGGCGUCAAGGGCCGCGUCGAGGGCAGCGUCGGCAAGGUCGCGGCCGCCGUGACGGGCGACGAGGCGCAGGAGCAGCGCGCCAAGGAGGUGCACGACACCGGCAAGGUGCGGCAGCGCGGCGCGGAGGCGGAUAUUGAGCGCCGGGCUUAGUUCUCUCUUCUUUUUGUGGGGACGGAGAGGGGUUAUGAUUUAUGAUAUCCUGUAGUUUUAGGGGAAUUUAUU